AUGAUGAGUUUCGAGAAUGACGCUGCUUUGCAAGCGGUAUCCUACCCGUACGCACAGGAUCGCAAACGCCGCAAAAUACGCGUGGCAAUCGUAACAGAAAACUUUUUACCUAAAGUGGACGGCGUUACGCGUACACUCGCGCGUUUGUUAGAACAUCUCAAUUUAGAGGGACACGAGGCACUAGUUCUCGGCCCCGACACACCGCUUACGGAGUACUCUGGCCACCCCGUCGUGGGCACGUUUGGCAUCCCGCUGAUUGUGUAUCCUGGCCUAAAACUCAAUUUUAUGCGACUACGCUUUCUCCGCCGGAUUCAACAGUUUCAGCCGGAUGUAGUCCAUUUUGUCGACCCUAUCUGGCUCGGCGCUCAAAUGAUGUACGCUGUACGUCACAUUUUGCCAGACGUACCGUUCGUGUCAUCCUACCAUACGAACUUGCCCACAUAUGCGUCGCUAUUUGGUCUACCGUUUUUGGAAAACACUAUGUGGAAACUGACCCGCGCAUUGCACGACCAGUGCGAACUUGUAUUUUGCCCGAGUCAGUCGACCCGACGAAUGCUCGAAGGAAAGGGAUUUUCCAACGUCGAAAUUUGGGGCCGCGGUGUUGAUACGGAUCUGUUCACACCCGGUAUGCGCGACGAGAAUUUGCGCGCGAGCUGGGGCUGCAAGCCCAAGUCGUCCGCACUGCUCAACACUCUUCAUACCCAAGCGGCCCAUCGCGCGAAACAAAUUGCGAUAACAGAUGCGUCACCGGAGGCCGAGGCAUUUAUCCGCACACCUGAGUCGCUGCCGACCGUGUCGCCGAUACUCAGUCCGCCGCCAAGCUACGAAAGCCUUUCCGACCUGCCGCCUCUGCCCGGAUUCACGCUUCCUCCUGCGUUAUUGCCGCAAGGCCACAACCCUGUAACAGACGGCGAGAGCAAAGCGGUGAUUUUGUAUGUUGGGCGCAUUAGCUGGGAGAAGAACAUACGCUUGCUGGUUGAAUCAUUCCGUCUUUUGCCCGCCGCCGUGCGCAACAAUUCUAAGCUUGUUAUUGUCGGAGACGGUCCAGCGAGGGCGGACUUGACGCGUCUUUGUGCCAAGUACAAGCUGGAUGCUGCAUUUAUGGGUCAGCAAAAGGGCAAGCGUCUUGCCUCCAUGUUUGCGAGCAGCAGCAUUUUUGCUUUCCCUUCUUUCACCGAGACAUUUGGGCAGGUCGUCCUGGAGGCACUUGCUUCUGGCCUGCCUGUCGUCGGUCUUCACGCAGAAGGCAUUUCUGACUUGGUGUGCCACGGCACGACAGGGCUCCUGCUCGAUGUGAAACGCGUAAUGAGCCAGCAGUCCUCUGCCGCGGGCUCAGGUGCUGCCAAUGAGCGCGUAUCUGCCAAAGGUAACAAAGUUUUCAGCUCCCCUGUUUCACCUAAGACGCAGCAGUGUGCGAGCAACAAGGCAUGUGCCAUCGCUGCCGGUAGCAAUGUUAAGCCUGGCCUUGCCUCGCCAAUACCGACGGUGAAGGAAUUUGCCGCGGCCAUGUCUGCUGGCUCGCGUUCCUUCCAGCAGUGUGCGCAGGUGUACAGCAUUUUGCUGGAGCGCCUUAUUCGCGACCGGACACUACGUGCGAUGAUGGGCCAACGCGCCCAGCAAUUUGCGGUAAACAGGACCUGGUGGGAUGCGAUGGAGUCUCCGGUGCGUGGCUACGAACAUGUCGUUUCGCACGUUGGCAAGCCGAAUUUGACCGACCACGAGCUUGAAGCACUUAGGAAUCAGCAGCGCAAGAUUGCACCGCUGACCGGCCCGAUCGUAAAGAUGGUGAUUGUUGCGUAUCUCGUCUUCUUCCUCUACCUUUGGACCGUUUUGUUUUAA